AGAAUCUUCAUAAAAAAUCAAGACAGAGAUCGAGAUUGAGAGAUGUCUUCGAAAUUGGUUGAUAACUUCAGUGUCAGACGGGCGAUGAGCAGAAUAUUAACAUCACAUUUGCGUCAGUUUUGUCCACGUCACUUAUUUCUCAUCUGAUUGUAACGACACUAACGUUAUCCUUUUUUAUAUCAAAGAUGCCAGCUUCUCGUGAAGAAGUAAAUUUCCAACGACUUUUAAUAAGAUGUGAAGAAAUGGCUGCGGAAAAUAGAUCGGGGGAUUGGCGCCUGGAAAAGUAUGUCUGUGCACUACAAGAUAAGCUAGCAGACUUGAAAAAAUCUCAAAUGAAACCAGCUGCUGAACUGAUGCAGGAUUACAGUAAGAAGGUUGAUUUUCUAAAAGAAGUUAUUCAGAUGGAAAAGUUGCCAUCAGCCAGUGAGAAAGCUAUGAAGACCCAGUUACUAGCUCCAGCGAAGACAUCUGGUAUCCAGCACCCCAACUCACCAACCGUGAAGAGAUCCAAAGACCUUCAUCAACAGCUGUCUUCAAGAUAUGCUAAUGAGAUGAGGAAAGAGCUACUAGGAGAUAAUGACACUUUUUCAAGUACAAAUGGUGUCAGACAAAGAAGGGGAGAUGGGGGAACAACUGAAGAUUUGGAUGCAGUCCUCCAACAUCAUCACAACAUUCAGGAGAAGCUGGCAGAGGAGAUGCUGUCACUGACGAGAAAUCUCAAGCACAACUCGAUGGUUGCUGGUAAUAUUGUAAAAGAAGACAACAGAAGGUUAGAGGAAUCCAACAAGAUGGCAUCUACAAAUUAUUCCAAGCUGAAGACAGAGAGUGAGAGACUAGAGGUUCAUGCCAACAAGACUUGCAACUGGUGGGUUUGGGGACCCGUCAUUUGUGUCACUAUCAUCUUUCUCUGGAUGAUCUUCUUAAUACGACUCUUCCCUUCAAAGGCCUGAUGAUCAGUGUUCAAUGAUUAGAUAUCAGUGGACUCUAAUUUGUACCUGAGAUUGUCAAGAAGUGGAACCAACCGUUGAUCCUUAGGGUAUCUGCCAAUAGGACUUGAAAAUGAUCGUCUGGUGGGAUUUGUGAUCAACCACUUGAUCACCGUCAUCAUCUUCAUAUUGGUGUCUUGAGGACCAUGCUGCUCGCCGACGUUUUUUAUUUUCAAGCCACGCGCAGAUUUUUAGACCAAUUUUGCGACGUCGUGUUACACGAUAACGAAAUUAUGCAACAUUAUGUAAGUGCAUGUCCGACUCAAAAUGGCUCAAAAACAUGUUUUUAUGUACAAGUCAAUACGAAAUGUGUUUUCAGCUAAAAUUCAUAAGUGAGUGAUUUUUAAAAUUUUUAUUUACAACAGUCAUUUAAUUUAAAGCUAUUUUAUGG